GCCCUCUACACCACAGCACACGGAUACAAGAAGCUAACCGUAUACGUGAGGACACAUUAACGCUUUCCUGCCAACUUUCAGACCCUGUGCAGAAAGAAACUGACCCAGGGUCUGAGUCAGGAGAUGGUAUAAAAGAGAAAAGUGUGAGGAGCAGUGAAGUGGAGGAGAAACAAACAGAGAAGACGACUGAGAACCAACCUCAUUCUGUCACAGAACAUAACAGAGAUAUGGACAGAGAAAAGGACAGUAAAACGGAGAGAAAAGGAGGCCCGUCAGGUGAUAUUUUGCCAGAUAAUGCACGUAAGGAAGAUGAUGAGGACACAGGAACGCCUUCCUGUCAACCUCGAGACCCUGUGCAGAAAGAAACUGACCCUGGGUCUGUGUCAAGACAUGAUAGAAAAGAGGAAAGUGUGAGGAGCGGUGAAGCUGAGAAGAAACAAACAGAAUCCCUUCUUAAUAUCCCAAGGACUGAAGAUGAAGAAAAAGAAGAAGAAGAAGAGAUGGCAAGCGAUAAACAUGAGGAAGAAGUGAAGAGGGAUGAGAUUGUCCAACCACAGAUCACUGUGCCAGUGAAUAAUAAGGACACAGGAAAGCCUUCCUUUCAACCUCCAGACCCUGUGCAGAAAGAAACUGACCCUGGGUCUGUGUCAAGACAUGAUAGAAAAGAGGAAAGUGUGAGGAGCGGUGAAGCUGAGAAGAAACAAACAGAAAAGACGACUGAGAAACAACAUCACUCUGGCACAGAACCAAAAAUAGACACAGAGGGAGAAAUUUGCCGUAAACCUGAGAAAAGUGAAGAUCUGUCAGGUGAUUCUUUGUCAGUUAAUGAACCUAAAGAGGAUGGCCCGUCAGGUGAUAUUUUGCCAGAUAAUGCACAAUCCCCUCUUAAUAUCCCAAAGACUGAAGAUGAAGAAAAAGAAGAAGAAGAAGAGAUGGCAAGCAAUAAACAUGAGGAAGAAGUGAAGAGGGAUGAGAUUGUCCAACCACAGAUCACUGUGCCAGUGAAUAAUAAGGACACAGGAAAGCCUUCCUUUCAACCUCCAGACCCUGUGCAGAAAGAAACUGACCCUGGGUCUGUGUCAAGACAUGAUAGAAAAGAGGAAAGUGUGAGGAGCAGUGAAGCUGAGAAGAAACAAACAGAAAAGACGACUGAGAAACAACAUCACUCUGGCACAGAACCAAAAAUAGACACAGAGGGAGAAAUUUGCCAUAAACCUGAGAAAAGUGAAGAUCUGUCAGGUGAUUCUUUGUCAGUUAAUGAACCUAAAGAGGAUGGCCCGUCAGGUGAUAUUUUGCCAGAUGAUGCACAAUCCCUUCUUAAUAUCCCAAGGACUGAAGAUGAAGAAAAAGAAGAAGAAGAAGAGAUGGCAAGCGAUAAACAUGAGGAAGAAGUGAAGAGGGAUGAGAUUGUCCAACCACAGAUCACUGUGCCAGUGAAUAAUAAGGACACAGGAAAGCCUUCCUUUCAACCUCCAGACCCUGUGCAGAAAGAAACUGACCCUGGGUCUGUGUCAAGACAUGAUAGAAAAGAGGAAAGUGUGAGGAGCGGUGAAGCUGAGAAGAAACAAACAGAAAAGACGACUGAGAAACAACAUCACUCUGGCACAGAACCAAAAAUAGACACAGAGGGAGAAAUUUGCCGUAAACCUGAGAAAAGUGAAGAUCUGUCAGGUGAUUCUUUGUCAGUUAAUGAACCUAAAGAGGAUGGCCCGUCAGGUGAUAUUUUGCCAGAUAAUGCACAAUCCCUUCUUAAUAUCCCAAGGACUGAAGAUGAAGAAAAAGAAGAAGAAGAAGAGAUGGCAAGCAAUAAACAUGAGGAAGAAGUGAAGAGGGAUGAGAUUGUCCAACCACAGAUCACUGUGCCAGUGAAUAAUAAGGACACAGGAAAGCCUUCCUUUCAACCUCCAGACCCUGUGCAGAAAGAAACUGACCCUGGGUCUGUGUCAAGACAUGAUAGAAAAGAGGAAAGUGUGAGGAGCAGUGAAGCUGAGAAGAAACAAACAGAAAAGACGACUGAGAAACAACAUCACUCUGGCACAGAACCAAAAAUAGACACAGAGGGAGAAAUUUGCCAUAAACCUGAGAAAAGUGAAGAUCUGUCAGGUGAUUCUUUGUCAGUUAAUGAACCUAAAGAGGAUGGCCCGUCAGGUGAUAUUUUGCCAGAUGAUGCACAAUCCCUUCUUAAUAUCCCAAGGACUGAAGAUGAAGAAAAAGAAGAAGAAGAAGAGAUGGCAAGCGAUAAACAUGAGGAAGAAGUGAAGAGGGAUGAGAUUGUCCAACCACAGAUCACUGUGCCAGUGAAUAAUAAGGACACAGGAAAGCCUUCCUUUCAACCUCCAGACCCUGUGCAGAAAGAAACUGACCCUGGGUCUGUGUCAAGACAUGAUAGAAAAGAGGAAAGUGUGAGGAGCGGUGAAGCUGAGAAGAAACAAACAGAAAAGACGACUGAGAAACAACAUCACUCUGGCACAGAACCAAAAAUAGACACAGAGGGAGAAAUUUGCCGUAAACCUGAGAAAAGUGAAGAUCUGUCAGGUGAUUCUUUGUCAGUUAAUGAACCUAAAGAGGAUGGCCCGUCAGGUGAUAUUUUGCCAGAUGAUGCACAAUCCCUUCUUAAUAUCCCAAAGACUGAAGAAGAAGAAGAAGAAGAAGAAGAGAUGGCAAGCGAUAAACAUGAGGAAGAAGUGAAGAGGGAUGAGAACGUCCAACCACAGAUCACUGUGCCAGUGAAUAAUAAAACUAUUUGGACUACAGCUGUUGUCAUUCUGAUAGCUGUGGUUUGUGCAUUAUGUCAGCGUAGUCCUGACUCAACUUCAUCUAAAACAAAGGAGGUUAAUGUGGUGGACCUGUUCAAUCAGGAAAUGAAAAAACUUGAGACCACCUUUCCAAAUCAGCAUCCAGAGCUCUGGAGGAGGAGCCUUAUUCAUCUCAGGCGCCACCUAAAGACGAAGAACCCCACUGAACCCGUCAGCCUGAUUCUGACAUCCGACCGCAGAGCUGAAAAGACACUUGGUUGCCUGGCCGUAUGCUUGGCCAGAGCCUUUUCUACUGCCCAUAAUUCUUCAGUUCUGAAGAUUAAUGGCAAAAACAAAGCAUCACAAGACAGCGAUCAGGUCAAGCUGGACAUUGAUAGUGAAUUGAGAAAAGCCUUUGAGGGUAAAAAGUCUGCUGCAGUUAUCCACCAUUUUGAGGAGCUUCCUCCUGGAUCUACUCUCAUCUUCUACCGUUACUGCGACCAUGAGAACGCAGCUUAUAAAGAUGUCUUCCUGGCCUUUACUGUAAUGCUGGAUGCAGAAGUGGAAUUGCCAUCCAGUGUCAGUCUAGGAAGAGUUGAGGAGAUGGUUCAAGAGCACAUAAAACACAAGUUUGUCUCCUCUGACAAGUCCGCUAUGUUUAAUCAAAUGGAUGUUGACAAACUAGGUGGACUGUGGAGCCGAAUUUCACAUCUCAUUUUGCCAGUGGCUGCAGAAAAGAAAUUUGAAGAGCAGGGCUGUGGGGAUUGGGACUAAUAAUUUUGAAAAUGGUUAUCAGACAUGUUUUUUCCACAAAUUCCUUUUAACUUUAAAUAUUGGUCUCAUACUUUGGAUACAAAAAAUAUAUAUAAAAUGCAUUUAGGUAUGUGCUGCUGCAUAGGCCUGUUUUCUUGCUUUAACACUAAAUUACAACUUUUCAGAUUAUGAAAUUUCUAAAAGGAUCAAAUUAAGGAAGUUUCUACAUUUUUAGCUCCUCUUUCUUUGUUAUAUGUAGAUCUGUUUGCGUCUAAAUUAUGUCUUAUAUUAAAGUUAUUUUUAAUCUGUAAAUUUGGUUGGCCACGGAUGGACAUGUUAUAAUUGUUGUGUGAUUGAUUUUUCUUUUGUUAGAGAAAAUAAACGUGCCUUAUAAAUCUA